CUUCGCUUAGGUAUGUCCUGCAGGGAAUGUAGUUAGUCUUUUUCAAGGUGUAAGAACAAAUCCUGUAAUAUGAAUUAUAUUUUCAACCAGCUAUUUACAUUUCCAGGUAUUCGAUCCAGUGAUGUACAAAUCAAAAAGCUGCAGAAGCUCAGAGCAUAGUAAUCUCAUCUGCAAGGCUGCCCCAGAAUAGCAUACAACGGGCUGGGUUCAGAUCCUUGUGUACAGAGCCCGACUGGGAAAGAAGUGCUGUCAUUUCCCAUUAACAGUGAUGCAGCUGAGUUGAGCCUAAUCACUUUAACUUUGUUUUUAUGUAGUCAGUUUUCCCAUUUUCUUGGGAAUUGUAUGACAAUUGCAGAUUUUAGCCUACUUCCAUAACCGCUAAGGUUAGGCAUCAAUCUUCAAAAGACAAAUAAAUCUGAACAGCUAUGUUAUUAAAAAUGGAUGGUGAACACUCCACAGAAAAGGAAGAUGGAAGGAAAAAAAAAGAAAUGCUUUUGAACACCACAAGAACAGUAUAAAGUAUUUGGCCCUAGAGAAAUAAAGUCAGAGCUGUUUGAUCAAAAAUCCCUGAAUCCUGAGUGAGAAUCAAGGGUUCAGAAAUGCACACAAGUUUGACAAGAUUCAGACGGUCAGAGGCCUUUUGACUCCCCAAACAUCCUUCUCUUGAAUCUAUUCUCCUGCUCCUCUGACAGCUCAUUUCCAUUCGUGUGUUUCCUGGGUGGGCUCCCUCAGCAGGGCUGUGCCAUUGCUCUCUUCCUGACCCAGUUUUUCACUCUUCCCUUUCCUGAAGUUUCACCCUGAGCCUUCACUUCUCACAGUCUGUGGUCAUCUUUCCAGGUGGCAUCCCUGCACGGUGUAGUUUCUCCCCAGAGCCUUGGAGCAGCCACCUGUGGGGAAGCUGAGACUGGAGAGCAGAACCAGGGUCUGGGGCAGAGCCCUGAGGGAAGGACUGUAGGUGGGCCCAACCUGCUCUGCCCUCCCCUCAGUGCAUUCCCUGGCUUCAAGCAGCCAGCCCUGCACAUUGCAGUGAGCCCUCACAUACCUGCACUUGCCCACAAGUCAGAAAUGAACUUGGAUACAUUAUUCCAACAAAUUCAGCUCACAGAAAAGCAGGCGGGUGAGAAGAGGCGCCUCAUCCAACAAGUUAAAUUUGAAAUAAACAAAUAUCAUGAAAAAAAUAACCAGCUAAAAGAAGAGCUGAACACUGCAACGCUAAAAUUAGAAACUGAGGUUCAACAGCUGUCUGAAAAAAUGUUCUUCUUAGAAAUUUUGAAGAAACGUGAAGACAGCUUGGAGAAACAGAAAGCUGAACUUAUUAACCAGAAAAGCAUUCUUCUCAGAGACUUAACAGAUGCAAAGAGAAAAAUGGCUGAAGAGGAAGAUAAUUUUACUAGGGAAGUAACAGAGUUUAACGAUGAGUACGGACUAACAAGCAAUAGAGAACUUCUGAUAAAACGAAAAGCCAAGACUGAAAUAAAUGAUUUAGAGAAUGAAGCUGCUGUGCUAAAAAAUGAAAUGGAGUCAAUGGAACAUAAGAAUGUUCAUUUAAAUGCACUCCAGCUGCAGAAGAAUGAAUUAAAGCAGGAAUUAUUUACUCUUGAAAAUGAACUCAAAGACCUUGAGAAAUUAAUCAAGGAGGCUGAAGGAACGAUGAAAGAUUUAGAAGCAGAAAAAGUCCAAGUGACUGAAAAGCCUCUGACCAAUCCAGAAUGUUUAAGGCUUAAAAAAGAACUGGAAAAUUACAAAGAUGAUGACUGGGAAAGCAUCUACGAGACUCUACGAACAGAAGUUGAAAUUCUGCAAAUGAAACUAUCACAGAAAAAGUCUUCAGACAAGUGAAUAAUGUGUGACACAUCUUAUGAAGUGUCAUAGAAGUUAGUCUGAGUAUUGUAAAACAAUUUUACUCAGGCUCUCUCAGGUUUGCCUUUGGUGUUUCUCGUUUGGUUAAAUCAGUUUGUGUGUGCGUUUAUUUUACAUUAAGAUUGAUUUUUAUUAGUUUAAAAGCUUUGGGGGGGGGGGAGGUUGUUUUUUUCUCUGUUUUUAUCCUUCCUCAAAUUAACAGCUGUCCAUCCUUAGAUUCCUUUGUUGCUCAGGAAUGGACAACACUUCAUCUGCUACACAUAUAGCUGAGUUCCCAUUUAUAAACUCCAUUCUCUAUGUACUGUUUCUCAGAAGGAGCAUUCUCCUUUUAAGUUAGCAAUAUGGUCUUAUUUGAGAGGAGGACUGCU